AUGUUAGGAUCGAUCUUUCGAAUCAUCGAUAUUCAUCUUGAAGGUCGAGUGUGGAUCAUUCAAAUGAAAUUGUCCAGCGAUAAUGAUCACGAUUUAAAGCUGAUCUUUGAUCACAUGAAGAACGAAUUAGCAGGCGGUGGAGAAACGAAUCUCCUCUCAUUCGGCAUUGUGCUUCGAAAGAUGGGAAAAUUCGAUGCGGCCGAGAAAUACUAUCUUCGUUUACUCAAAACAUUGGCUCAUGAUCAUCCAGACAUUGUCAACUGCUAUCAUGCACUUGGUGUUGUAGCUAGAGAGAAAGGCGAUUAUGACUCGAGUCUCCAGUGGCAUCAGAAAUCGCUCGAGAUCAAAAUGCGAACACUAGAAUCAGAUGAUCCUGGUCUCGCACACAGUCACAAUAGUAUUGGCAAUGUCUACGAUACCAAAGGAGAUUACAGACGGGCACUCGAAUCGUACGAGAAGGCAUUGGUGAUUUGGCAGCGAGCAUUCGGCGAGGAUCACUGGAAGGUAGCCAUGUGUUUCAAUAACAUAGGUGGUAUCUAUCAGGAAGAGAAGAGGUACUCGGAGGCACUCAAGUACCAUCAGAAGGCAUUGAACAUUCGUCAGAAAUGUCUUCCUGUCGAUCAUCCUGACUUGGGUGAGUCACACAACAACAUUGCCAGUGUUCAUGGAUGUCUCGGGCAGUAUGAUUUCGCACUGAAACAUCUAAAUCAGUCGCUCAGAAUCUCGAAAAAGUCACUGCCUCCUCGACAUCCCGAUAUUGGAAUAACCCUCGAGAACAUGGGUAAUGUUUACGAGAAUAAGGGUGAGUUGCAAGCAGCACUCUCGUACUUCAAAAAAGCAGCUACCAUCUAUCAUGACGCAUUACCUUCGAACCAUCCUAAUAUUGUCAAAAUCGAGGAGCUGAUCCGACGUGUCUCAUCUAAACUGAAAUAA